AUGAUUGAUGUACCGUUGAAGAUUGUUUAUUAUGUUCUUGAUCAUUUUAAUUUUGAAACUUUGAAGGUGGAGUUUGAAGAUUGUGAAGUUAGUGUUGAUAGUAAGUCUGUUCAUGAGAUGUUAGGAUUACCAUCUGGUGGCUCAUUACUUUCAAACAUGGAUUACAUUUCCGAGAAUAAUGAAGAGAGUUAGAAGAUAAGGUUUCUUGAGGAUAUUUUACAAGAGAAUGGAGGAUUUGGAUGUGGAGAUGUUAAUGAACCAUAUGUUGAAGAAGAAUGCCAAGCAUCUGAGUAUAAUGAGGAAGAAUGUGGUGGUGAUGAGGAUGAAUCUGAUGGUGAUGAGGAUUUAUGUGAUGAGGAUGAAAAAGAUUUUGAUGUUAAUAAAGUUAGUGUUGUAGAGAUAGAUGAGGGAGUGCUGAAAUUUCCUCAAAUUCAAAAUCUGAAAAAUUGGAAAUUAUUAUGUCCUGAUGAAGAUUUAAGCACAGAAAGUUUUGAUUUCCAUUAUGUUUCACAACAAAGUAAAGAACCGAUAUUGACACCUGAUUUUGUUCAACUUAAUGAUGAAGAUUAUGGGAAUGUUUUUCUGAAUGAUGAUGAAAAUGUUGAAGAUGAUGAUCAAGGGAAAUGUUCUGGUGGUCAAGGCGUGGAAGUGGUCCAUAUGAGGGCAAUGUUGAAAGAUGAUGAAGAUGAUGAACAAGGAAAUCGAAGUGGAUUCAAUGAAGAAGAGGCCAUGAAUUUAAAUUCUAUUGUUGAAAAUUUUACUAAGAGUGUGGGUCUAAUUGAUAGCCAGGAAGGUGUAACUUUUAGUCAAUUCAUAUGUGAUCCAAUUGUUGAAAGUUUUCUUAAAACUUUGGAUCAAGGUACUAAAAAAUUGGUUGAUGGUUGUAUAAAUCAGAAACGAGUUGAAGAUGAUGUGAAUGAGAAUUUGACUGGUUUUGAGAAAAAUGAAUUGAUGAUAUUUGCCGCUAGGGUUUCUCAGCGGCGGUGGCAUUUACGGCUAGGGUUUCUCGGAGUUAACGGCACGAAGUUCACGGCCCACGGACGUUUACGGCUCAGCGACAUCGAACAGUCUUGGUCAGCUCAAACUUCGCAGCAUCUUAUUAAAAAAAGAAUUUGGAGCUGCCAGGAAUCAAACCCGGACCACUCCCCUCCUCAAACCAACGUCUUACCAUCUGAUCUAGCUUGCUAG